GAUGCCGAAUGGCUGAGACGCCUGCUCUGCUCAUUCUGGCGACUGCGGACGGACCGACUCGAACCCGGGGAAAAUCCGAUCCCCGCCCUGCUGUCACCGGAGUCUUGCAGCGCCAUGGUUUCCUGGAUCAUCUCCAGGCUAGUGGUACUAAUAUUUGGCACUCUUUAUCCUGCCUAUUACUCCUACAAAGCUGUAAAAUCAAAGGAUAUUAAAGAAUAUGUGAAAUGGAUGAUGUAUUGGAUCAUAUUUGCGCUCUUCACAACAGCAGAGACCUUCACAGACAUUUUUCUUUGCUGGUUCCCAUUUUAUUAUGAACUCAAAAUAGCCUUUGUAGCUUGGUUAUUGUCUCCAUACACAAAGGGCUCCAGUCUUCUAUAUAGGAAAUUUGUACACCCAACUUUAUCUUCAAAAGAAAAGGAAAUAGAUGAUUGCCUAGUCCAAGCAAAAGAUCGCAGCUAUGAUGCCCUGGUGCAUUUUGGGAAACGGGGGCUAAAUGUUGCAGCCACAGCUGCUGUAAUGGCAGCUUCCAAGGGUCAAGGAGCGCUAUCAGAGAGGCUCCGGAGUUUUAGCAUGCAAGAUCUUACCACAAUUAGAGGAGAGAGCAGCAGCAGUGCAAUUCCACCUUCUCCUGCCCCAUCAGUUUCUGCACGGGCAAGUAGCAAGCAGAGUCAGCCCAAAGCUUUCAAAACUGCAUCAGACAGUAUUGGACGUUCAGAAUAUACAUGUUGUUCAGUUUGCCAAAUUGUGCGAGUGGUUGAAGUAGAGAGUGAGGCAAAGAAUGAAAAGCCACUUGAAGCAAACUCUGAACUACCUGAAGUUGUGUUGUCAGAGGAUGAAGAGAAUGGCUCAUUGGAUUGCACAUCCAAGAUUAAAAGUCCCCCCCCAAAGGACCCAAUCAUUGAGGCACCUCCUAGGAGCCUUAGACCUCGUUUCAGGAAAAAAAGUACCUCAUCUUCUACCACUGAAACCAUGCGAGUGUGAUGAGCCAUUUAGCACCAGGAUCUACUACAGAAUGCCUCUCUUCUGCCUUAAAAGCUCUACAUUAAUAAUUGUAUGUGUGGGGAGGGGAACAGUGGUGAGAGGGAUGUGUUUGUGAUAUUGCAGCAUUUUAGAUAUGAACUUUCUUGCACCCCUUUCCUUAAGCUGCCUAUUCUCUGACCAUUUGUGUUGCAUUGUAGUUUCCACUGGCAGAAGCAAUGUUUCUUGUUACCCCUUGGAUUUCUUUGCAGAAUAGCAGUUUUUUUCAGCUACUAUAAUGGGACUCUAUAUUUGCAACCAUUAGUUACAUCACCUUAGUUUCAGCUCUAUUAAUGAACCUGGAAAAUGAAUUCUUCAUCUCUUUUAAAAUCCUAUUUAUUUGGGGCUUCAUAGUAAGUAUAAUGUGGACUGGCAGGGGCCACAGAUUUUUCAGACUGUGAAUGAUGUAAUAAGUCAUUAAUUCUUUUGACUGUACAAGUAGUGAAAAUGUAAGAACAAAUCUAAAGUA